GGCCAGGUAAAUAAACUGACUUGAACCGUCUGAAUAAUACGGUGAAGAAAAGAGCCCGCCAUUUGCGGGGGUGAAACGCUGAACAUAACCUCAAACAAUCUCGCGGGGUCCUCGCGGCCCGGAAACGGCUCGAUCAUUGAAUCCGACGAGGCGACGGUGAUCAUGGGCAGCCAGGAGGGGGAGGCCAAGUCGACGGCCAGUGUGACGGGCGUCCUGCCGAUGGUCGAGGUCGCCAGUCUCAUGGAGAAGGCCAAGUUCUACACGUCCCUCUGUCUCGGGACGACCGCCAUUCUCGCGGUCUUCGCCUUCCUUUUCCUCAUACCGUUCGUCGUUGAGCCCGCGAUCUCGACGAUACUUGCCGACUUCUCGCCGCACGCCGUCGCCUGCGUCGCGACGGACCACGUCUACGCCGAGGGCCUGAGGAACUGCUCCUGGGCCAGCUGCAGGGAGGGUUGCACCAGCGCUGCUCUCCGCUGCCACCAGAUCAGGGUGAACUACUCGAGGAUGCCGUACGAGGAGUUCCUCGCAAAACCGGCGGGCUUGAUCCCCUGGGACGUGGCCGACACGAAGUUCUUCGUCAAUACUGAGGGGUGCGGAUACCCGCCGAGGGUGAACUGCUCCGAGUUCGCGAGGAAGUUCGGGUACGGAAACAUGGGGAAGAUCUUCCCGUGCUUCUACAGCCGGACGCAUCCGGAAACCGUCGUCGCCAGGUACUCGUGGGAUGAGAAUCUCAGGCACCUGGUGAUGGCUCUCGUCGCCCCGAUCCUCCUCUUCGCCGUCUCACUCGGCGUGCUUUGCUAUUGGUACUGCCCGCCGAUCGGACGGAGAUGCGGAAGCCCAGGACGACCGCUGAUCGACAAGUAUGCAAGGAAGGAAGAGUAAGUAGCGUCAUCCUCGCCGAGGACGAAUUCGAGGAAGACGAGGAGGAGUACUGACUGCUGCCAAGGGCUCAUCCCCCAGCGAGGGAAUGACGCCGGUCACAUCGAACAGAGGGAGGAUUUUAUUCCAUGAACAGUAAACUUCGCUUUCGAUUCAAUGCUAAGCCCGCAAAUCUGCGCGACGAUUGUGCUCAGGUUCAUAAUAAUUAACGUUUAUCGCGAAUUGUCUUCGACGCGUAGGAAAAACAUUUUUCUCUCUUACCUACUAAUUUUCGAAUUCUACUAAUCACGAAAAUAAUUACUUGGUAAUUGUCAAUUCCUUACACUUCAUAGUUUU